GGGAGGGGGUAGAGAGCCGACCGGUGCACAGAGCUAACCGAUCCAGCCGGCCUCAGGCCUCUGCGCCUCUCUCUCACUCGCAAGCGAGACUCUGUUUAGAGGUUUCUCAGGAACCACAAAACCUUUCUCUCAGGACUAUGGUGGACUAACUAUGGAUUAACAUGUAUUUGGCACAGUGGAUUUUAGUAACACACAUGUCAGAACUGGAGAUUCGAGAGCGAGAAGUCGCUGUGUUUUGGGAAUGAGUGACGAACUUUUCUUGCCUUUAGUUCCCUUUCUGUUUUGCUUUUGUGCCGAGAGGAACUCAUAAAUGGAUUACAAAAUGCAUUCCAAGUCCAAUGAUUUGCUGGAUUUUCAGACACUGGAUGCCCUUUUGGAAAAAAUUGCACAUUGCUCCGUCCCUGUUAAAAGAGAGCCCAGCGAGGAGUGCAAUGGAAUUAGCGGUGCUCUCCCUGUGGAGCCCGCGCCUGGCUCGAGACUGAACGAGUGGUGUCCUGCCCCACCCCCUCUCGCCCCUCUGCCCGCGAUCCACCCCACCAGUAUGGGGGACGGCCUGGACGCAUUGCAGAUGUCGGGGAGCAGCAGCAGUCAGGGGCAGCCCUUGUCCCAGGCCCCUGGCAUCUUCAGCCCCUGCCCCCCAGAAACCACUAACCCUUCCCGGCCCAAGCGCCAGACCAACCAGCUGCAUUACCUGCUGAAGGGGGUGCUGAAGACUCUUUGGAAGCACCAGUUCGCUUGGCCUUUCCAUUCUCCUGUUGACGCCAUUAAGCUGAAUCUGCCUGACUAUUACAAGAUAAUCAAAAAUCCUAUGGACAUGGGAACAAUCAAGAAACGCCUAGAGAACAGUUACUACAUCAAUGCCCAAGAAUGUAUUCAAGACUUCAACACCAUGUUUACUAACUGCUACAUUUACAAUAAGCCUGGGGAUGACAUAGUCUUAAUGGCAGAAGCACUGGAGAAGGCGUUCCUCCACAAGAUUUCAGAGAUGCCCCAGCAGGAGAUUGAGUUGACGACCACAUCUGGCAAGGGUCGUGGCCGGGGCAGGAAGGAUCCAGACAUGAACCUGAAGAUUGCACCUGGCCUGGAGUCUACGCAUGCAAACCCUCAAACACGUGGCCUUUCCAGUCUUGCUCCUGGGCCACAAACGAGAGGACCACCGCAGGGUCCGCCUACUUUACCUCCCCAGUCCACCAUGCAAGCCUUGCCCCCUCGAGUACCCCCCUCGCUCCCUUCACAUCCUCCCCUUGCUCCUCAAUUAGGGCCACCUUUUUCUAUAGGCCCCACAGACUGCAACCCACAGGUCCCCUUGAUGACGGCUGUGCCUCCUCCGACCCAAACUGCCCUGCCGCCCGUGCACAUGCAGCAGAGUGCUCCUCCUAUUCUACAAAGCCCCAUCCCAAUGCUUCCCAAACAGCAGAGAAAAAGUCAGAAAAGGAAAGCAGACACCACGACACCUACGGCAAACGAUCCGCUGAACGAGUCCUCGCCUGCUGAGUCAAAGUCAGGAAAGACUCUGCCACGCCGGGAUAGUACACGACCAAGCAAACUAUCCAAAAAAGAGGCACCAGACUCCCAGCACCAUUGGACACCCACCACUGGGACCCACAGCCCCAAGCAACAAGAGCAGCUACGCUACUGCUCCGGCAUUGUAAAAGACAUGUUUGCUAAGAAGCAUGCAGCAUACGCUUGGCCCUUCUACAAGCCAGUGGAUGUGGAUGCUUUAGGGCUACACGAUUACCAUGACAUCAUCAAGCAUCCCAUGGACCUCAGCACUAUUAAGGAAAAGUUGGAAAACAGACAGUACAGAGAUGCUCAGGAGUUUGCAGCAGAUGUACGGUUAAUGUUCUCCAACUGCUACAAGUACAACCCUCCAGACCAUGAAGUGGUGGCUAUGGCACGCAAACUGCAGGAUGUGUUUGAGAUGCGUUUUGCUAAAAUGCCCGAUGAGCCAGAGGAAAUGCUGGGACCCGCUCCUGCGCCAGUGCUCCACCAGGUUCCUGUCAAGACACAGCCACCCAUGGGCACAGCCUCGUCCUCUGACAGUUCCAGUGAUUCCUCAUCUGAAUCGGACUCCUCCACGGAUGACUCUGAAGAGGAGAGAGCCCAGAGGCUAGCAGAGCUUCAGGAGCAGCUGAAAGCAGUUCAUGAGCAGCUGGCUGCCUUGUCCCAGCCUCAGGUCAGCAAACCAAAGAAAAAAGAGAAGGAAAAGAAGGAGAAGAAGAAAGACAAGCACAAAAAGAAAGCGGGAGUCAUGCCUGCACUGGAAGAGAUCCUGGAGCCGCCUCCUACCCUCAAGGCUCAAGGAAAGCCUAAGAACAAGGAUCCUCUGCCUAAGAAGCCCAAGAAGCUGAGCAAGAAGGAGGGAGGUAAGGGCAGUCGCUCCAUGGCUCCCCCAGGUGCUGCUCCACCAACACUGCUACCUGUGGUGAGCCUGGAUCCUGAGGAGGAUCUGGGUCUGAGUGGAGGAGCCACAAUGGCAGGCAUGCCUGCUGGAGAGAAGUGUAAGCCUAUGUCCUAUGAAGAAAAGAGACAGCUGAGUCUGGACAUUAACAAGCUGCCUGGAGACAAGCUGGGCCGUGUGGUCCACAUCAUCCAGUCCCGCGAACCCUCGCUUAAGAACUCCAACCCGGACGAGAUUGAGAUCGACUUUGAGACGUUGAAGCCUUCUACGCUGAGGGAACUGGAGAGAUAUGUGUCGUCCUGCCUUCGCAAGAAUAAGAAGCCCGCCGUUCCAGAGAAGACCAUGGAGGCAAUGAGCGCUGCAAAGACAAAAGGCUCAUCAUCCGAGAUGGGCAGCAGCAGUGAGUCCAGCUCCUCAGAAAGUGAAGACUCGGAGACAGGGAUGGCUUCUAAGCUGAAGAAGAGAGGGAGAGGUGAAGGAAAGAAGGCUCAUCACCAGGUGGUGGCUCCAGGCGUGCCUCAGCCGCAAGUUCCCCAUCAACCCGAGACCCCUGCACUGCAGCCCAGUGUUCAGCUGAAGCUGCAGCAGCAGCAUCCUUCUCCCGCCGCUUACAUGCCUCCUCCCGUCACAGCUCUGGAGCCCUCGCGGCUCCUGGAAAACCCGUUUGACCCUCUGGCCCACUUCGUCCAGCCCCUCAUGCACCUUCCCCACCAUGCCAAUGACUCGCCCUCCCCUGCGCCGCCUCACCUCAACGCUCACCCUCCAGGAGGCCCAGCGUCUCCUGAGACCCACCCAUUCCUGAACCAGCACCCCAUCCUCCCAUCCCCAGCCCUGCACAACGCAAUGCCCCAGCAGCCUUCAAGGCCCAGUAAUAGGGCAGCCCCGCUACCUCUUAAACCUCCGCAGCAAAGCACGCCCCAGCAGCAGCAGCAACCCCAGCAGACCCUGCCGCAGCAGCUCCAGUCCCAGCAACCCCCUCAGCCCCAGCACCACCUCCCUCCUCACCUCCUGCAUCCUCCCCAGCAAAUCCGCCAGCGGCCCCUCUCCCCACCCACGCUCACUCCCCAGGGCCUGCUGUCCUCCCAGCCCCCACAGAUGCUGCUAGAGGAUGACGAGGAGCCCGUUCCCUCCAUGCCCCUGCCCAUGUACCUGCAGCACCUGCAGCCGAACCGCCUGCAGCAGCAGCCGGCGACAUCACUAAUGCAGUCUUUGCAGAGCAGGCCGCAGCAGCCGGGCCAGCAGUCUCUGCUGCAGUCAGUGCAGGUUCAGUCUCAGAUGAGCCAGCAGAGCUCCCUGCCCCCACCGCAGAUUCCUGUUCAGACUCAAGCCCAGCCGGCAGCGGCACACCAGCCCUCCCCGCAGCUCUCGCAGCAUCAGGCCAGACACAUGCAGCACUCGCAGCAGCUGAGCUUCUCUCAAGGCCAUGUGCAGACCACGCAAACGCAGCCUAGUCAACACAAAGUGUCCAUGCCCUCCACAAAAGCACAGCAGAUUAUCCAGCAACAACAGCAGUAUCACUCUCCACGUCAACACAAGUCUGACUCCUAUAACUCAGCACACAUGCGAGAUAACCCCUCCCCGCUCAUGAUGCAUUCCCCUCAAAUCUCUCAGUAUGCUUUAGUCCACCAGUCCCCUCCUCAGGCCAAAAAGGAACCACAGCAAGGUCCUUCAGCUUUGGGUGGCAUUAAAGAAGAGAAGCUGCUUCAUUCACCUGUGAUGCGUGGUGAGCCCUUCAGUCCAGCCAUGAGACAAGACCCUCACAAACACCCUGAGAGUAAACCCACAAUGCCAGGCCACAGCCAACCGAAAGCAGAUAUGAAACCACUUGAAAGUUCCCGUCCUGUCAUCCACUCCUCUGAGCAGAGCGGUCCACCACCUUCCAUGCAGGACAAAGAGAAAUUCAAACAGGAGCACAAGACUCCUGUGGCGCCGAAAAAGGAUGUGAAACUGAAGAACAUGGGUUCCUGGGCAAGCCUGGCGCAGAAAUCCACCUCUACUCCCUUGUCUGGUCUGAAGUCCUCCAGCGACAGCUUCGAACAGUUUCGACGUGCGGCCAGAGAGAAGGAAGAGCGAGAGAAAGCCCUGAAGGCCCAGGCCGAGCAAGCUGAGAAAGACCGUCUGCGCAGAGAACAAGAGAAACUUCGGGGACGAGAUGAGGAGGACUCCAUUGAGACGCCUCGAAGGCCUCAGGAGGAGCCCCGCAGGCGGCCGGAGCAACAGCAGGUCCAGCCGCCACAGCAGCAGCACCAAAAUCAGCUGCAAGCCCAGAACCCGGCCCAACCGCCCUCGGCCCCACAGCCUUCCCAAGGCCCACCCCAGUCCCCCGCCGCUUCCCAGAGUGCACUUGACCAGCAGAGGGAGCUUGCACGACGCCGGGAACAGGAGAGGAGGAGGAGAGAGGCGGUGAGUUACAGCUGCAGUCACCUCACUUAUGACACAUUAGCUGUCAAAAGUUUUGGCUGA